AUGAAGCAGCUGCAGCUACUACCACUGCUGCUGGCCACCUGCACUCUUGGGAUGCAGGUGCAGCGCCAGGUCUAUCUGCGUGAAGAAUUCCUAGAUGGGGAUGGAUGGAAGAAGCGAUGGGUGGAAUCUAAACAUCAACCGGAUUAUGGUAAAUUUCAGCUCGCUGCAGGAAAAUUUUAUGGAGACAAAGAAAAAGACAAAGGUCUCCAGACAACUGAAGAUGCCAAGUUUUAUGCCCUUUCGACCAGGUUUAAGCCAUUCAACAAUGUGAACGAGACCUUGGUGGUUCAGUUUUCAGUAAAACACGAGCAGGGCAUCGAUUGUGGUGGCGGGUAUGUGAAACUCUUUCCUGCCAUUCUGAACCAGGAGGAUAUGCAUUCGGAAUCAGAGUAUUACAUCAUGUUCGGCCCUGACAUUUGCGGCUUUGGCAACAACAAAGUACAGGUCAUCCUCCAUUACCAAGGGAAAUACCAUGAGAACAACAAGACCAUCAAGUGCAGGAUCAAUAAAGACACUCAUCUAUACACACUGAUAAUUCGCCCCAAUGCUACAUAUGAAGUAAAAAUUGACAACCAGCAAGUUGCAGCUGGGCAACUGGAGGAUGACUGGGACUUCUUGCCUCCUAGAAAAAUCAAAGACCCCUAUGCCCGGAAGCCAAGGAAAUGGGAUGAGCGCCUGCAAAUAGAGGAUCCUGAAGAUAAGAAGCCUGAGGACUGGGAAGACUCUGAGUACAUCCCAGACCCAGAGGCCAAGAAGCCCGCUGACUGGAACGAAGCCAUGGAUGGGGAGUGGGAAGGGCCCCUGAUACCGAACGUGAAAUACAAGGGGGAAUGGAAACCCCGGAUCAUUGACAACCCCAAUUACCAAGGGGAAUGGAUUCAUCCAGAAAUAGACAACCCUGAAUACAAGCCUGACCCUACCAUUUGUCACUAUUACAACAUCAGCGUCCUCGGCCUGGACCUGUGGCAGGUGAAAUCAGGCAGCAUCUUUGACAAUUUUCUUCUAACAAACGAUGAAGAGUUUGCAGAGGAAGUGGGAAAUAAUACCUGGGGACGAAGAAAAGACAUAGAGAAACAAUGGAGAGAAUUGUAUGAAGAAAUCGAAAAACAGAAACAGGAAGAAGAAGCUAAGAAGAAAAAGGAAAAGGAACAGGAAGAAAAAGAGGACAUCUGGGGACUUGAAAAAGAGGAAGAUGAAGAGGAUCUAGAAGAGGAACCAGAAAAUGAUAGGCCGAUGCCAGAAGGAGACACUGGAGAAAUAUUUCUGCAUGAAAACAAAAAUGUCAUGGUUGACCAGAAGGACGAACUGUAA